AUGCCAAACUGUCCAGGAUGCGAAAAGCCAGUUUACUGGGGUAAGUUUUGUCUUAUAAAACAAAAUGUUAAGAAGGUUCUUACCUUUUUUGAUUUUUUUUGUAAAGAAAGUUUCUGCGGUUUCUAAAAAUACUUUUGUAAAGGACGUUUUUGCAGUUUUUUUAAAUCCUAUUUAGCUGAAAGAGUAUUUUCGUUGGGAAAAGAUUGGCAUCGGCCAUGUUUGAAGUGUCAGAAUCCGCCUUGCCAGAAGACUCUUUCACCUGGAAGUCAUGCUGAAGUAAGUCUUGUUCUGAAUUUUGUUUUUCCAUGUUGUUUUAGACGAAAAAUGCUAACCUGAUUUUUUCUGUUACUUUUUUGAUCAAAAGACUAUUUCUUCAAAAAACCAAUAACUUUUGUGACGUUUCGUCAAAAUCAGACAACAAAAGCAACUUUCGGUGAAAAAAUGUUUUCCAUGAACUCUCCAACCAAAGUUUUAAAAUUUUAUAACUUUUUUUCAGCACGAAAGCAAGCCCUACUGUAACCGCUGCUAUGGCGCACUGUAUGGUCCUCGUGGCUACGGUAGAGGUGGCGUGGAAUCGCAUGUAUUUUUGGAUGGAACGACUGGACGUGUCGAACUGGUCGAAGACUAA